AUGGAUACCUUCACCUUUGCCAGUGCCUCGGAGGUCAAGACCAGUGUCAGCGUCAAGGUAGGCCGUCUCGAGGGCCAUGAGAAAGCUUUACCGUACUCGACUCUGCUCCGCCAGCCUGAGUUGCGCCAUCGGGGCUCUAAUCUGAGUCCGACAUCCGAGCUCUAUGUUACCGCCCAAGUUUUCGCCGACAGCAAGCCUUUGACUGUACACGCUCAAACUCCAUACAAGACCUUCAAGAACGCUCGUGCUUGGAACGAGUGGCUACGCCUCCCCAUCGACUACGCCCUCCUCCCGCUCAAUGCUCAGCUCGCAAUCACUGUCUGGGACUUGUCACCUGCUGGCAAUCAUGGCGCAAGAGGUCAUCACAUCCCCUUUGGAGGGACAACCAUACCCCUCUUCGACGACGACGGCACCUUGAGGAAAGGUAGGCAGAAGUGCCGCCUUUGGAGACACAAGCAGGCCGAUGCUUUUUCCGACUCGACUACUCCAUGGGCUCCGUCUACCAAGCGUCGCCGCCGCAGCCAUGAGAACCUUCAGCUCUUCGCCGACGACAAGCACAGCCAAAGGGCUGCUGAGCUGGAACGAUUGCAAGGACUCUUGAAAAAGCACGAGAUGGGCGAACUGUCUGAGCACAAAUGGUUGGACCAGAUGGUCUUUCGUCAGAUCGAGCGAAUGGAGAGAGCCAACAUCCGUGACGACUCCAAGAUACACGCUCAGCCAGCCCAUCAAAUCGGCGCCAAUGGCCAUACAGAAGACGACUCUGCAAUUUUCUACCUCUAUAUUGAGUUUCCACGAUUUGACCACCCCGUUGUGUUUACCGACCACGAAUAUCCUCCUCCUCCAGUCUCAAGUGCUCGUGUGCGCACCGCUCCAGGAUCCGACGUUCGUUUGAAGCCUCCUCCCGAGAUUCACGUUGGUCCUGGCAUCGACUCAAAAAAUCCAGGUUAUGGCGACGCGUACGCUCCCCAUCUAAUACGCAUUUACGAUCCUGAAGUCGGCUUUUAUGAUAAUCCUGCUGAGAUCAAGCACCGCAGCUUGGUGCGGAAUCAACGCAUUGGUAUGCUCGAUCGGCACCUCAAGCCCAACCCGAAGACCAGAGAUCAACUCAAUCACAUACUGUCGUACGGUCCUACUACGGAUCUGAGCGCUGAAGAAAGAGACAAAGUCUUCAAGUUCAGGCACUAUCUUACCCGUGACAAACGUGCUCUCACCAAGCUGAUCAAAUCAACCUCCUGGAAUGACGCGAACGAGGUGCGUCAAGUCAUCCAACUGCUCCCUAAGUGGGAAGAGAUUGAUAUUGACGACGCCCUCGAAUUACUCGGUCCAUCAUUCGACAACAAAGAAGUUCGCGCAUACGCUGUCGAUCGCUUGCGAAAGGCAGGAGAUGAAGAGCUGCUCUUGUAUCUCCUACAACUGGUUCAGGCCUUGAAAUUCGAGCCAGAGGUGAAAUCGAACGCGAAUUUCGAUCAGUACGACUCAUCUCUAGCCAGCUUCCUGGUUGCUCGCUCCGCCGCCAAUAUCUUCCUCGGUAACUACUUGCAUUGGUACCUCAUGGUCGAAUUGGACGAAAGCUCGAACGAUGCACAAGCAGCCACUUUCAAAAAGCUCUAUGCUCGUGUUUCUUAUGAUUUCAUGCAAGAGCUUGAGAAAACGCCUGAAGGCCAAGCGCGUCGCAAGACUCUGCUUCGCCAAGGUGAAUUCAUUACUGUCUUGUCUCAACUUUGCGAAGAUGCGCGGAACAAAAAUGUCGAUCGUUUGCGCAAAGUCGAGAAGCUCAAGAAAGCUCUGAUGGACCCCAAGAACGACCUUGUCAAGAUCGAACCACCUCUUCCUUUACCCCUCGACCCCAACGUGGAGAUUGUGGGCGCGGUACCUGACAAUGUGAACGUCUUCAAAUCAACAUUGUCCCCGCUAUUGCUCCAUUUCAGAACGACUAAAGGAGAUAUCUAUCCUUUCAUCUUCAAAGUUGGCGACAACUUGCGUCAAGAUCAACUCGUCAUCCAAAUCAUCACCUUGAUGGACCAACUACUAUUGAAAGAGAACCUGAACCUCCAAUUGUCACCAUACCGCAUCCUGGCGACUGGCGCGCUUGCUGGUGCCGUUCAAUUCGUUUCGUCCAGCCCGCUCUCCACAAUCUUGGGCAAUGCUAAAUACAACAACUCUAUCCUUGGCUACCUUCGCGAGCAUAAUCCGGAUGGUGCAGCUCCUAUGGGCGUCCGCAAAGAAGUUAUGGAUACUUAUGUCAAGUCAUUGGCUGGCUACUGCGUUAUUACGUACUUGUUGGGUGUGGGUGACCGUCACAUGGACAACUUGCUUCUUGCUCCAGAUGGUCACUUCUUCCACGCCGACUUUGGCUACAUUCUAGGUCGCGAUCCUAAACCUUUGGCGCCUAGCAUGAGGCUCAGUGUCGAGAUGAUCGACGGUCUAGGCGGUAGUCCUGACCGAAAUCCGAGCAAUCCUGACAGUAGGUUCGGCGAAUUCAAGCAGUACUGCUUCACUGCCUUUACCACGCUACGUCGCUCGUCAAACCUCAUACUUAACCUCUUUGCACUCAUGCAGGAUGCCAAUAUCCCUGAUAUCAAGCUCGCUGGUGACCAAGCCGUCAAGAAGGUCGAAGAGAGGUUCUGUUUGCAACUCAGUGAAGAAGAAGCCAUCACCUUCUUUGACAAUCUCAUCAGCAGAUCGUUUGAGGCGUGGGGUCCGGUUCUCAUUGAUGGUAUCCAUGACUUUAUGCAACGUAUAAAGGCAUAA